AUGAGCACAGCAGGCCUGGUCCUCCUGGGGCUUGCUCUGAGGUUUACCGCCACUACUGCUAAGCCAGAGGAGGGCGGCUUUUGCUCUAAGAGCCAAGUGGCUUUCAGAGACUCUUGCUAUGAAUUUGUGCCUUUUGGCCGCUCUUUCUAUGGUGCCCAGAACUGGUGUGAGGGGCGAGGAGGCCAUUUGGUCUUUGUUCGUGAUGAAGGCACCCAGCAGUUUCUACAGAAGCACAUCUCUCAGGACAGGGAAUGGUGGAUUGGACUCACAGGGAACUCGGCUCAGAAUGGAACCGCAGAAGGGCCGGGGAUCUGGCUGGACGCCUCAAAUGUGAACUACAGCCACUGGCACGGAGGGCAGGCCUCUCCUGCUCCCAACACCUGCGGCUUCAUUGGGAGGGACCCUUCUUCCAGGUGGGCUGCCUCGGACAACUGCACGCAGUCCUUCGCCUUCAUCUGCGAGUUUGGUGUCGGCCAGAGUCUGGCCUGCGAGGGCCUCGAUGCUACCAUGCACUGUGGCUCGGGGGAGGUCAUCCAGAUCCAGGAUGCCUUCUACGGGCGCCAGACUCCCCAUUAUUGUACCCAGAACGCCGGCCACCCCCUGGACCUGGAGGAGGAAUGCAGCUGGGUCAGCGUCAAGGAUGAAGUAGCAGGACAGUGCCAGGGGCUGCAGGCAUGCCAGCUGGCAGCAAAUGGGACCUUCUUUGGAGACCUGUGCCCCACCCGGGGCAGCUACCUGUGGGUGCAGUACCAGUGUUGGGAAGGCCUGCAGCUGACCGUGUCCAAUGACAAUUUCAUUUUUGACAAUGUCACCAUCUCUCUGACGUGGCUCCUCUCCCCCUACAUUGGAAACCUGUCCUGUGCAAUUAGUAUGGGGGAUGGCCACACUUUUGAUCCCUACUACCCACCCAGUUUGUCUAGCAACGUGAUCCACCAAUUCACAACCCCUGGGGAAUUCACAGUGUUUGCUGAGUGCACAACUAGUGAGUGGCAUGUGACAGCUCAGAAGCAAGUGACAAUUCGAGACAGGCUGGAGAGACUCCGUGUGACUGGGUGCUCUGGCUUGUCCAAGUCAGGAGCCAGCCCUCUCUGCCGGGCUGUCUUCAAGGACCCUAUGUGGAUUCAGGUGGAAUUCGGUGGAGAAACGGGGGUGACUUAUACUGUGCUGUCAGAUAACACAACCCUGGCUGAGUCUACCACACAGUGGGGCCUACUCCCCUACAAUCUCACCCUGGAUGGAGCAGCCCAGCAAUGGAUGGGCCCGGGGAUGCACCACCUGGAGAUCCGAGCCACCAGCAGCACCAUCACUUCGGCACCCUCCACAAAUAUCACAGUCCUCUUCAUGGAGCCCUUGUCAGGGCUGCAGGCCUCCUGGGCUUCUGACCACUUGGAGCUUGGACAGAACCUACGGGUCAACAUCUCAGUGUCUCAUGGUAUCCCAGAAGAGCUGACCUUUGAGGUAGCAGGACUCAAUGCAUCUUUCUCCCAUGAGGAGGAGAGUCUUGGACAGCCAUCUGGAAUUUACCAUGUGGCAGUUCCUCUUGAAGGCACCUUUCUGGUCACCGUGCUGGCGAGGAAUGCCCUCUCAAACUUGAGUUUGGAAAUCGGAAGCAUCACUGUUGCAGCUCCUUCCAGUCUCCAAGAACCAUCUGGAACAAAUGCUGAGGAAAAGAAUAGAGAUAAAGGGGAUGUGCAGGUAUACGUGGAACCUGGUCGGUACGUGGAUCCUUUCACGACAGUGACUCUGGGCUGGCCGGAUAGCGACAAGGAUUUACGCUUCCAGUGGUCAUGUGGCCGUUGCUGGGCUCAGUGGAGCGACUGUGUUGAGAGGCAGCUGCUUCGCACAGACCAGAGGGAGCUGGUGGUUCCGCCGUCCUGCCUGCCACCACCUGAUUCUGCAGUCACCCUGCGCCUGGCCAUCUGGAGAGGCCAGGAGCUGGAGAAGCAGGAGGAGCAGUGCCUCUAUGUGUCUACCCCCUUGGAACUCAGGCCUCGAAUCAGUUGUGAGAUGAACUGCGGGCCAGUAAAUGCCAGUGAAGACGUUAUGCUCAGGGUCACCAUGGGGGAUGACUCCCCAGAAGCCAUAUUCAGCUGGUAUUUAGAUGACAACCCACUAGAGAAGACCCAGCCCCUGCCGGCAGCCUGCAGACUCCGAGGAUUUUGGCCAAAUUCUUUAACCCUCCUUCAGAGCAACGUGUCCACCCUGCUGCUGAACAGCUCCCUGCUGCAGCCCUGGGGCCAGGCCAUCCGAAUCAGAGUCACAGCAAUGAUCAGGCACGCCUACGGGGAGGACACCUAUGUCAUCAGCUCUCUGCCUCUGCCCGAGGUGCCAGCCUGCACCAUUGCCCCAGAGGAGGGCACCGUUCUAACAAGCUUCGCCAUCUUCUGCAACACCUCCGCUGCUCUGGGCACCCUGGAGUACUGCUUCUGUCUGGAAUCAGGUUCCUGUCUACACUGUGGCCCUGAACCUGCCCUCCCGUCAGUUUAUCUCCCACUUGGGAAAGAAGACAACGAUUUUGUGCUGACAGUGGUCGUUUCUGUUUCCAAUCACGCGGGGGACAGACGGCACACCCAUGCAGCAGUUAAGGUGGGACUUGGAGGUGCUCGUGUCGAGGAUGUGGCAUUCCAGGCCGCAGUGUCGGAAAACAUUACCGCCAUUCUACGAAGCGAGCAGGGUCCAGAGCUGCUCUUCCAGCUAGCCAGGUCCGUGUCCUCCAUGCUGGACCAGGAGUGCCAGGGACAGGGAUCCAAGCAGCCCCACAGAAUGGACGCCAGACAGAAGGUCAGAGAGCGUGUGCUGGAGUCGCUGUCUGCAGUCACCACCACCCUGGGGGACAUGCAGAGGGUGCAGGGGCUGGCCAAGGUGCUGAGAGAGGUGACCCAUCGCAGUGAGGAGCUCACGCCCUUGGCCCAGUGGGAGGCCAGCUCUGCUCUGCAGCAUGCCAGUGAGGCUCUGUUGGCAGUGAGUGCCAAGGCCCGUCCUGAGGACCAGAGGCGCCAGGCAGCCACCAGGGACCUGUUUCAGGCUGUGGGCAGCGUGCUAGAAGCUUCCCUGAGGGACAGACUAGAAGAGUCUCUGGAGGCCAAUGGCAGCCAGGUGGCCACAGUGCCCCAGCUGCUCAGAGCUGUGGAGCAUAUACGGGCUGCCCUCCUGCUGGGGAGACUGCCCAGGGGCCUUCCAUCCAUACUGGCUACCUCCUCCAUCUCCGUGUACACAAACAGAAUUCAGCUCCGGAGUUGGCAAGGCUCCUCUGUGCACAUUGGUGCUGCCAGCUCUGCCACCUUCACCCUGCCUGCUGCCUCCUCCCUUGGCUCCGUGGAGGACUAUCAGGAGCCUGUGGACAUAUGGAUGAUGAGUUUCCCAAAGAGCCCUUUCCCAGCCCAAAGUCACUUCAAUGUCAGCGGAACUGUUGGUGGCCUCACUCUGACCAGCCCUAGUGGACAGCUCAUAUGCAUGAAGAAUCUGUCUGAGAAUAUUGAGAUCCUGCUGCCUCGGCUUUCAGAAGGACACAGCGAGCCAACUGUGUUGAAUCUGACUAGUCCUGAAGUUCUGUGGGUGAACCUGACUUCAGGGGGCGCGGCUUUGGGGAUCCAUCUGCACUGGAGACCUGACAUCCCACUCACACUCAGCCUGGGCUAUGGCUACCACCCCAACAAGACCAGCUACGAUGCCAAAGCUCACCUUCCACCAAUGGCUCCUCCAGAUGGGCUGUCCACAUGGAUCCUGAGCCCAGAGGACUUGCAUUUUGGAGAAGGUGUCUACUAUCUAACAGUGAUCCCCGAGUCUGACCUGGAGCUGACCCCUGGCACAGACCUCACGGUUGGCAUCACCACCUUCCUUUCCCAUUGUGUGUUUUGGGAUGAGAUCCAAGGAACUUGGGACAACUCUGGGUGCCAGGUGGGGCCAUGGACCACCCCUUCCCAGACACACUGCCUCUGCAACCACCUCACCUUCUUCGGAAGCACAUUCUUGGUGAUGCCCAAUGCCAUCCAUGUCCGCCAGACAGAGGAGCUCUUUGCCACCUUCGAGGACAACCCUGUGGUCGUGACCACUGUGGGCUGUCUCUGUGUGGCCUACGUGCUGGUGGUGAUCUGGGCAAGGAGGAAGGAUGCUCAGGAUCAGGCCAAGGCGAAGGUCACGGUGCUGGAGGACAAUGACCCCUUUGCCCACUACCACUACCUGGUGACAGUCUACACUGGACACCGGCGAGGGGCAGCUACUUCCUCGAAGGUGACUCUCACCCUAUAUGGCCUGGAUGGAGAGAGUGAGCCCCACCACCUGUCAGACCCUGACAUCCCGGUUUUUGAAAGAGGAGGAGUGAAUGUGUUCUUACUCUCCACCCUGUUCCCCCUGGGGGAACUGAGGAGCCUGCGGCUGUGGCAUGACAACUCAGGGGACCAGCCAUCCUGGUAUGUGAGCCGGGUGCUGGUGCACGACCUGAUGAUGGGCCGGAAGUGGCAUUUCCUCUGCAACUCGUGGUUGUCCAUCGAUGUUGGAGACUGUGUCCUUGACAAAGUAUUUCCAGUGGCUACAGAGCAGGACAGGAAGCAAUUCAGCCACCUGUUUUUCAUGAAAACCUCCAUGGGCUUCCAGGAUGGACACAUUUGGUAUUCCAUCUUCAGCUGCUCAGCUCAGAGCAACUUCACCCGUGUCCAGAGGGUGUCCUGCUGCUUCUCCCUGCUCCUUUGCACCAUGCUGACCAGCAUCAUGUUCUGGGGUGUCCCCAAGGACCCAGCUGAGCAAAAAAUGGACUUGGGUAAAAUUGAAUUCACUUGGCAAGAAGUGAUGAUUGGACUAGAAAGCUCUCUCCUCAUGUUCCCCAUCAACCUCCUGAUUGUUCAGAUCUUUCGAAACACCCAUCCUCGGGUCACUAAGGAGCAGAACACUGGGAAAUGUGACGGGGGGUCUCCCAGUCCAGUUCUCUCACCACAGCCCAUGGAGAAUGGCCUUCUGACACCUGAAGUGGUGACCAAGGAUAUGUGGAGGCUUGUCAGCUCCCUGUUUAAAGCUCUGAAGUUGCCAUCCCCUGCCUCGGGCUGGGACUCAGCAAACUUGAUGGACAUCAACCAACUACUGGCCUUGCUGGAAGACGUCAUCUGUCUGCAGAACAUGGCAGGGCAGAUGUUCUGGGAAGAAGCCAAAGAGAGAGAGGACCCGUUAACACUCACUCUUGGGUCAGUACAAGUGAAAGAAAAAAUGCAAUGCCUGACAUGUGGGAUGGGCCCAAGCGACCCUUGGAAGAACAGUGUGUACAGGCAGUGUCUUUACCUUCAGCUGGAGCAGGUGGAACAAGAGCUGCGGCUGGUGGGGCCUCAAGGCUUCCCCCAGUGCCAGAGCCAUGCUCGGGCUCUCACACAGCUUCAGACCCUAAAGGGCUGCCUCAAGGGACAGCUGGGCACUCUACCUCCAGCACAGACCAGCUCCCAGAGAGUAAGCAAGCCCCCUCGAGGUCUGCCCUGGUGGUGUGUCCUGGUGGGCUGGCUCCUGGUGGCAGCCACCAGCAGUGUGGCAGCCUUCUUCAGCAUGCUAUAUGGCCUGCACUACGGGCGGACCAGUUCCCUCAAGUGGCUCAUCUCCAUGGCCAUCUCCUUUGUGGAGAGUGUGUUUGUCACCCAGCCCCUGAAGGUGCUGGGCUUUGCUGCCUUCUUUGCACUGGUCUUGAAGAGCGUGGGGGAUGAAGAGGAGCCUAUCGCCCCUCUCCUGGGAUGUCUGACCAGCCCAGACCCCUCUGCCUUGUUCCGAGUACGAAGAAACAGCAGAAAGGAUGUCUACCAGCCGCCACUGGCCACUGACAUUGAGAAGAUGAAAACCACCCAACGCAAGGAACAGAAAGCAUUUGCCCUAAUUAGAGAAAUCUUGGCGUACCUGGGCUUCCUGUGGAUGCUGUUGCUGGUGGCCUAUGGACAGAGGGACCCCAGUGCCUACCACUUCAACAGACACCUCGAGCACAGCUUCACCAAAGGCUUUUCAGCUGUCUUGGGCUUCCAGGAGUUCUUCACAUGGGCCAACACCACCCUUGUGAGAAACCUGUACAGUCAUCACCCAGGCUUCAUCACCGAUGGGAACUCUAAACUGGUUGGCAGUGCCCAGAUUCGCCAAGUGAGAGUCCGGGAAAACUCUUGCCCUCUUGCCCCACAGUUGAGGGCUUCUCUUGAUGGGUGCCGUGCACCAUAUUCCCUGGAUGCUGAAGACCUGUCAGACUAUGGGGAAUGCUGGAAUGCCUCCAACCUCAAUAGCGGCAAGGGCUUUUCCCAGGCUUGGCAGUACCAGAGCCAGAAACAGCGCCGAGGGUAUCCCAUCUGGGGCAAACUCACUGUGUACCGGGGAGGAGGUUAUGUGGUCCCCUUGGGGACGGAUCGCCAAAGUGCAGCAAGAAUUCUCCAGUAUCUCUUUGACAACACCUGGCUGGACAGCCUGACCAGGGCCGUGUUUGUGGAGUUCACUGUCUACAACGCCAACGUCAACCUGUUCUGCAUCAUCACUCUGACCCUGGAGACCAGCGCUCUGGGAACCUUCUUUGCACAUGCAGACCUGCAGAGCCUACGCCUGUAUCCCUUCACCACUGGCUGGCACCCCUUUGUGGUGGCGGCAGAGGUCACCUACCUCCUGUUCCUCAUCUACUACAUGGUCGUGCAGGGCAAGCUUAUGAAGAAGCAGAAAUGGUGCUAUUUCCACAGCAAGUGGAACCUUCUGGAUCUGGCCAUCAUCUUGGCUAGCUGGAGUGCCCUGGUGGUGUUUGUGAAGAGGGCCAUCCUAGCGGAGCAAGACAUCCAGCGAUACCGAAAACACGGGGAGGAGGUGAUCAGUUUCAGUGAGACAGCAGCAGCUGAUGCUGCCCUUGGCUACAUCAUUGCCUUCCUGGUACUGCUGUCCAUGGUGAAACUUUGGCAUCUGCUCAGGUUGAACCCAAAAAUGAACAUGAUCACAUCAGCCCUGCGCCGCGCCUGGGGGGACAUUUCAGGCUUUGUCAUCGUCAUCCUUAUCAUGCUCCUGGCUUACUCCGUUGCGUCAAACUUAAUAUUUGGUUGGAAACUCCGUUCCUACAAAACCAUCUUUGAUGCAGCAGAAACGAUGAUCAGCCUUCAGCUAGGAAUCUUCAACUACGAGGAGGUCCUGGACUACAGCCCAGUGCUCGGCUCCUUCCUAAUUGGGUCCUGCAUUGUUUUCAUGACAUUUGUUGUGCUGAAUCUAUUUAUCUCUGUCAUCCUGGUGGCCUUCAAUGAAGAGCAAAAAUACUAUCAGCUGUCAGAGGAAGGAGAGAUUGUUGAUUUGCUGCUGAUGAAAAUACUCAGUUUCCUGGGCAUUAAAUGUAAAAGACAGGAGACUGGAAGCUGCAGUGAGCAGCCCGAAUUGCCGUCAGAGGCCCAGCCCCCUCAGCCUGCACCAGCUGCACCCCAGGUUUAA